CUGGCCGUUAAAUUUUAGCAAGACCCUGAGAGAAAAGUGGAGAGGAAAAUAAGAGAACGGAGGAAGUAGAGACUUGAGAGCAGGGGCCAGAGGGGGAGGUGGAGGAGCUGUCGGACCGUCCUCCCAGGGACGGAGCCUGGAGGAGGAGACGGUCCUGCAUGGUGGCGGUCUGUCGACAUGACGGUCCUCCGGCAGAGGAGAGGCAGGGGGAAGGAAGCGGCGCUGGCUGCUGAAGUUCAGCCCCAGCCGUCCAACUGUUGCACCCACCGACACCCGGAGAAGAGCCUGCAGGGUGAUUGGUCAUGGGGGGCCAUAAUCUGGACAUCGGUUGGUUGGUCCGUCUCUGUUGGUCUUGGCCUGCUGUGCUGUAUCUAUGUGGCGACGCUCCAUGAAAAUGACUUGUGGUUCUCCAACAUCAAGGAAGUGGAGCGGGAGAUUUCCUUUCGGACGGAGUGUGGACUGUACUACUCCUACUAUAAGCAAAUGCUGCAAGCGCCAUCAAUACAGGAAGGUUUGUCAGAAUUGAUCCACGACAACUUGACAGAAUCAAAGAGGACCAUUAAUCUCUUACAGCGAAUGAAUAUCUACCAAGAAGUCUUUCUCAGUGUUCUCUACAGGCUGUUGCCCUUGCAGUCAUAUCUGGAACCAGUAUAUUUUUACAUCUACACAGUGUUCUCCCUCCAAGCUGUGUAUGUGAUCGCUCUGUACCUCACAGCCUGGCUGUUGUCUGGUUCCUGGCUCGCCGGUGCUCUCACUGCAGUCUGGUACAUUCUUAACAGGGUAGACACCACUCGUGUUGAGUUCACCAUCUCCCUCAGAGAGAACUGGUCUAUGCCCUUCUUGGCUCUGCAGGUUACUGCCAUUACGUGUUACCUCAGGCCUCAGCUCACCGCCUUACAGCAGAAGGUGAUGGUGUGGCUGAUGUACGUGACCACGUUCUGUUUCUGCCUGACGUGGCAGUUCAACCAGUUCAUUCUGCUUGUUCAGGCUCUCAUCAUCUACAGCCUGGACUGUGUCGACCUCCUAACAAGCCGUCAGGUUACCACCCUAUACCUUGUCCAAGUGAGUGGCCUGUUGAGUGUGUCGCUCCUCCAGUUCUGCAACUCCAUGAUAGUGGGAUCGCUGGUCCUGAGCUUCAUUGUGGCUGCACUCUUCGUGAGACAUUGCCAGUCUGGUCUGAAGACGGGAAGCCUGUUGGCUCGUCUGGGCAAAAUCCUUCUCCACAGUGCUUUGGUGCUUCUUCUCACCUACAUCAUCAACUAUCUGACCAAGAAAGCGCUGCAUCUCAGAUCAGAUGAACACAUUUUUAAAUUCAUCAAGUCAAAGUUUGCCUUCAGGCCUACCAGGGAUUUUGAUGCAGGUCUGUAUCUUUGUGAGGAAGCGUUUGGCCUGCUGCCUCUGGACACGCUGGAGCGCCUGGCCGGUACGCUGCUCUUAUACCCCUAUGUCCUCACACUGCUGCUGCUCAGUGGCAUGCUAGCAGUGGCCGCGCUGCAGAACCUGAGGUCUAAAGGAGGUUCAGAGGAGAAGAAAGGAGCUGCAGAGGGACGAGUGGAGACUUUUCGUCCAGAUGUGGCCUAUAAUCUGGUGCACACGCUGCUCUACGGCCUUCUGGCUUUCACCACCAUGAGAAUGAAAUAUAUAUGGACCGGCCACAUGUGUGCCGUUGCAGCUUACGGCGUGUGUGGUGUUGAGUUGUGGACUCUGCUUCUCAACACUCUCCACUGCAACACUAAAGUUCUGAUGAGGCUCGUCAGAUAUGCCGUUCCCCUGCUCAUGAUUGGAUACCUGUAUUACAAGUUCUGGCCUAAGCUCAUGGAGGAGUUAUCAGAACUGAGGGAGUUUUAUGAUCCUGACACCGUGGAGCUCAUGACCUGGAUUAGCACAAAGACCCCCAAGCAGGCGGUGUUUGCUGGAAGCAUGCAGCUCCUGGCCGGCAUCAAGCUGUGCACAGGCAGAGUCCUCACCAACCAUCCGCAUUACGAGGAUAAAGACCUGCGGGAGCGAACCAGACAGGUGUACCAGGUGUACGCGCGGCGCUCCCCCGAGGACGUGUACGAUACCCUGAAGGCGGCGGGGGCCGACUACGUGGUGCUGGAGAACAGUAUCUGCUACGAGCGCCGGCACCGGCGCGGCUGCAGACUGAGGGACCUGCUCGACCUGGCCAACGGACAUGUCAUGGACGGCCCUGGAGACAACGAGCCGGACCUGGUCCACGCCGCCCACCCGCGCUUCUGCGAGGCCGUCAAGACGGACGCCGCGGCUUACGGCGCGCUCUUCACCAGAACGUUCGAGAACAAAACCUUCUACGUUUACCGGCUCAAGAAGAAGCGCAAGAAAGGAGCCAAGGGCUCGCCGGAGCCCACGGUUACCUAGUAACGGGGAGGACGGACGGCCGGAGGAGGAGGGAAGAGGCUCGCCGCUCCUCGGUCCCAGCACCGCGCCCAGCUGCCAUCACCACCACCGCUUUGUUGUUGGUUCUGUUUGUUUGUUUCAUUCCUGACAUGUGGCUGUGUUGGUGUCAGAGCCGCGAGGCCGCGAGGCCGCUCGGCGAGGGGCUGCAGGUCCCGGGUGUGGAGGGUUCAAGCACGUGUUAGAAGUGCUGCUUGUGCUGCUGAUCUUUCUUUAUUAGACAAAAACCCCAGUUUGAGUUUUCUUCCCUCAGAAACAUGUUGGAUUUAUAAAGGGUCAAACUGUUAAAUAUAACUCUGGGGAUGUUGACUUUGGGGAUUUGUUAAAAUCCCUUAAGUCAAGUUAAGGAUUUGGGUUCAUGAUGGUGUAUAUUCGUUUUUAAAGAGGUGAUAUUGAUUGAAUGGAUGAAAAUGUUGGUAGUUUUCUGUCUCGAUCUGAAUCAUUCCAGCCCGUUGGCUGCUUUCUCUAAAGCUGCUGUACCACUGGACUUGACUUGCACUACUCUGACCCGCUGGAGCGUUAGAGUUAGAGUUAGCGUGGCGUUCUCCUCCGAAGCUGCGUGGGACUCUUUAGAAGAUCAUACUUGAAUGUUGAAAGGUUUUCCUUCGUUUCCAUCCCAUUUGGUUUCUUCCCAGUACCGACUCCGGGGCGAUGGUCGAGAUCGGCCAAGCUGAGAACCAAUCGGAUACCAGUAUUAUUCCAAACGUCUGUCCUGGGGCUGACGUGAAACCUGUCAGUGUAAUGAGUGUUUGGAGGAAGCAGGUUCAGAGAUGAACUGCUACAGUGAUGGGCUGGUCGUCUGGAACGACGGAUGCUCCGGUUUUACCCGUCGCUGCUGUCUAUCUCUGGCUGUGAGGACUUUCUCUAACCUGAAACUGCAGCUUUACAUAUUUAGCCUGUUGCAGUUGUCCUGCUCGGAUUUUCCAGCUUUUCCAGCUUAAAAUGACGACGUGUUUCCACGGUAACGCUAAUGCUAGUGCAGUCCAGCACCUAGAAUCAGGACAGGAAGUUUCAGACCGGUAUAUUUCAUAACUUCUUGUAAUGUAAAUACUCACCGGUACCGUGGUGAUGAUGCUGGCGUUGUCGGGAUAACAAGAUAUUUUUGUGUAAAUCUUGAAGGGGCCAUAUCAAUGUGUUUUGUGCCAUAAAGGACAUGUUUGUAUGUCUAUCGUUAAUACUUUACAGGGAUGCCGCCUCGUUAGUCGGGGCCACAUUAGGUUCUGAUUAUCCAGAUUCUGUGACAUCACAGACCCGAGUUGAACCGUCCCUUCGAUACUCGUCUCCACUAAACUCACGUCUGCAGUUCCUCUGAAGGGGGUGGAGUUGAGAUUCUGGCUCCGCCCCCUCCCACCAGCCGCUGUGAACAGAGAUGAUGACACGUGGUUGAAAAAGGAGCUUCUGUACUUGAUCUCCGUCCGUAUUUAGACCAAGUGUGACACAGACGUGGAGGGUGGGGGGGUCACCACCUGCCCUUCUAAAUAAAUAAAUCUUUUAUUGCACGGGGAGAAGAGCUUAGCUCCCAUCGGCCAACGUUCCUCAAAGCAGUUUUAACUUUAAAGUGAAAUGUUGACGGAGACCUGCAGCUCCCUGAUGAGUCAGCGGUUUGUCAUUGGUCAGACACUCGUUUAUUGCACACAGAUGAGCAGCGCUCGUCACGGCCGGACUCAUCCGUCCCCCCGACACUCCGAAUAACACUUGAUCCGUCACAGAAGAGGUCAGGGAUGUGUUUGACCGCAGGUUUGACUCCUCACGUGUGCUCAUUUCCUCGCCGUGGCAAUAAAUGUUAUCUGUUCCCCUUGAAAAGAGAAGAAGUGUUGUUUCCCACCUGAAGGUGUUUAUUGCCGUAAAACUAAGGUCAGAGCUCAUCGUGGGAGAUGUCGGUGCUGCCGCUGCGUCUGCUGUCAUGUUUUUGUUUGUGUCGGCUCUUUGACUCUGAUCAGCAGCGUCUCAACCUCCCGCUCGGCUCUCAAACACACGUAUAAAUAAUGGAAGCGGGGAGGAAAUUGCGGCGGGCUGAUGGCAGCUCUGAUUCCCCGCCGCAAUUCAGAGUGGUUUGGUAGAAGGGGGGCGACACCUGCAUAUCAAACCCAGGCUUCCUGUUCAGACACGAGAGGGACGAGGAUUCACACUGAUCCCUUCGUCUCUUUUUUUUUUCUCGUCAAACCACCUUUUUCUGUCCCCUCAGCUGUCUGGUGUUUGUCCACCUGCUAACGCGGCCCUGCGUCUCCUAAAGUCUCUGUCUCGUUCUAAUGCAUACCAAUCGGAUCAAGCGCUGAAGAGCCGCUCGUUCUUCUCCGGUCCCGCCGCACUGGAUGUUUAAUUUGGGAGAUGUUUCAUUGCUGUAUUUGAGAGCAAAGUGAUUCCAUUAUGUUUGCUUAAUAAGAGCGCACUAAUGUAAUAUUUUUUCAGCGCUGGUAAUUUCCAUACAUAUUGGAAUUGGUUCAUUCUGAGCGGCCUAUGGUUUUUUUUUUUUGGUAAUGAAGAGCAGAUGAAGUUGGCCUUUCACUGUGUGCUCCAGUAAAAUUGUACAACUUUUUAAAGAGCUAUUCAGCGUAACUAAAAUAUUUUUCUGAUGCGUCACAACGUGGUUGUCUUUGUACACCGUUGUCAUGACGGCAGCAGAUUUCAAACCUUAAAACAACGGAACAGGCAGGUACAAGAUCUGUACGAUUCCUGACUUUGUGUAUAAACUUCUUCUGGGGGGGAACAAACCGUCCACUUCAGAUAUUUCACAUUUGUCGUGUGGAUUCUUGUGUUUUCGGUGUGGUUUUGUUGAGAGGAUGAUGCGAGUGUAAUUGCAUCGUGUCAGGUGUCCACGUGUCGUGUUUUUGAGGAGAUUAUGCGUCCUGCACACACACUGGUGCUGCAGGAGGGUUUGUUUCUCUUCUUCAGUUUGUAUGACCGAGGAACGUCGUCUUUGGUCAAGUUCUUCAUUUCAUAGAUCCACUCAGCACGUGUGUCACAGAAGGUCGUCGUAUCAGAAACGUGUAAAAACUAAAGCCAAGAACUCAGCUCAUCGUCAGUGGAGGGAGAUAUAAAAUGCCACUUUUGAAAAUAUUAUUAAACACAUUUCUGUUCAGUGUUCGUUCCAUCAA